AUGAGGGCGCGAGAUGUUUUCAUUAAUCUCGGCGAGUCGGUGAGUCAGAAAUCCAAAGAGAUCCCGCUCGGAUUAAUCAUGAAUCCAUCGAAUACUACAGCAUAUUGCAAAGAAAACAAAAUUUCUUUUCUUGUUCAAGCUGCUGUAAGACUGCUGCCGCAUACACAAGCGAGGCAAUUCAUCACAAAACUUGUAAAGGAAGAAUUUGCAAAAGCCUUACUCAGUGAAACCAUGAGUUGGAGUGAUCUCGCUGUUGGAGGGAUGAAUAUGGACAAGUUUAACGAAGAAAAGCAGCUUUUGCUCUGUGAGCAUCUAAUCUAUGAGAGUAUUUUUGUGCGGGAUGUAGUGGGACUGGCUCCAGGCGAAAGAGCCUUCAUAGCGAACGGUAUCGUUAUUGGGCCAUUUGACGAGCAGGAGCCCAUUAUUGAAUCUGACGUGGAACUUAUCGCUCGAAUCGUCGAGUCUCGUGGAGCGCAUGUCAUAGCAUCUUAUAUUGAUCAGUGGAAGGGUGGGUAUGGUGAUGGUUUCUCGUCGGAUCUUGUCAUGCGCAGUUUUGCGCUAGUUUCAAAACACGCAUUCAGUCAAAAACGAACGAUUAUCAAAUUAGGUGAAACCAAACGCAGGUACAGCAUAUUUUUUGCUGUUAGAAUUAAGGUAAAGAAAAAAAAACGAAAAAUGUAUGCCCAGGCAGCUGCGAGGUUGUACACUACUACCUACCAUCGGAGCUACAGUCAUUUAGGAAAGUGA